AUGAAUGAACGGCAGGCGCUCCACUCCAUCAUGAAGGACCUGGUGGCUCUGCAGAUGACUCGUCGACAGCCGCUGUUGACUUACGAUGUCGGAAAACCAAAACUCCGAGCUCAAGUCAACAGACAGGACGACGUGAGGAUAAAGUUUGAGUUUUCCGGCGAGAGGAGAAUUCUCGUGUUCGUGAGGCCGGUGCAGUUUGAGGAAGUCCAGCAGAAAGUCAAGAGCGUGUUUGGUCAGACACUGGACCUGCAUUAUAUGAACAAUGAGUUGUCCAUCCCUCUCAGAAGUCAAGACGACCUGGACAAAGCCAUAGACCUGCUUGACCGAAGCUGUAACAUGAAAAGCAUUCGGAUCCUGCUGCUGACACCAGAACAUUCCAACACUGUGUCAUGCUCACACCCAGUGCCGUGUAAACAGGUGAGGAUCAGCACCUCACAGUCGCCUGCAGACGCCACAGUGUUCCCGCCGGAGCCCCGCGGCCGACACCACUCCACCGGGUCCCAGAGCACGGGUCGCAGUUCUCCACCUCCGGGUUACGUUCCCGAGCGGCAGCAGAGAAUAGCUCGUCAAGGCUCCUACACCUCCAUCAACAGUGAGGGAGAGUUCAUCCCCGAGACCAGCGACCAGUGUGUGAUGGAUCCUUGGAGCAGUGCAGAAAACUCGGUCUCUGGAAGUUGUCAGUCUUUGGACAGCAACUCCGACAGCCCGUCGGUGAGGAAGUCCAGGAUGCACCGAGCCAAGAGCUAUCCGGACAACAGACUGGAGUGCACAGAUCGGGAGAAUCACAUUUAUGACAGAAUUGUGGGAAAAGGAGGAACGUAUCCACGGCGAUACCACGUCUCCGUCCACCACAAAGAGCACAGCGAAGGCCGGCGGACGUUCCCUCGGAUUCGGCGAGCGCAGGGAAACCUGUUCACGCUGGUGCCGUCGCGGAGGUCACUGAACGGCAGCGAGGAGAGCGUGGGCAGCUGGCAGCUCCUGGACGCCCAGAGCAGACUCCGGGCACAAGAGAGACCCGCCAACCCCAAAUCUCCCAGUGCUCCUCUCACCUGGCGCAGGGGGAAGCUUCUGGGGCAGGGGGCGUUCGGGCAGGUGUAUCUGUGCUACGACGUGGACACAGGAAGAGAACUGGCUGCGAAACAGGUCCAGUUUGACCCCGACAGUCCAGAGACCAGCAAGGAGGUCAGCGCCCUUGAGUGUGAAAUCCAAUUGCUGAAAAAUCUGCAUCACGAACGCAUUGUGCAGUAUUACGGCUGCCUGAGGGACCACAGCGAGAAAACCCUCACUAUCUUUAUGGAGUACAUGCCUGGGGGAUCAGUGAAAGACCAGCUCAAGGCUUAUGGGGCUCUGACAGAAAACGUGACCCGGAAAUACACCAGACAGAUCCUGGAGGGAAUGUCCUAUCUCCACAGCAACAUGAUUGUGCACAGAGACAUCAAAGGAGCCAACAUCCUGCGUGAUUCUGUGGGUAAUGUGAAGCUGGGGGACUUUGGCGCCAGUAAGAGGCUCCAGACCAUCUGCAUGUCCGGCACUGGGAUCCGCUCUGUGACCGGCACCCCCUACUGGAUGAGCCCUGAAGUGAUCAGCGGAGAGGGCUACGGCAGGAGGGCAGACGUCUGGAGUCUUGGCUGUACUGUGGUGGAGAUGUUGACAGAGAAGCCUCCCUGGGCUGAAUAUGAAGCUAUGGCGGCCAUCUUCAAGAUCGCUACUCAGCCCACAAAGCCGCUGCUGCCUCCGCAAUGCUCCGAACAGGCCCGGGACUUUAUCCACUGCAUCUUUGUGGAGGCCAAGCUGAGGCCCAGCGCAGAGGAGCUGCUCAGACAUCCCUUCUCCCACAUACAGUGCUGA